AGUUAUUUGCAGGUUCCCGGCGUUCUACCGGCAAGGACAAAAACCGAUCUACUCCAAACCGGACCUGGACCAGAACCAAAAAAGGAGCAGAACCACCUGAUGGGAAGAUCACCAAGGAGAAACUCGCCUAAGAGGAGCGAGCGGAGGAGAGCGUCUCCUCGAAGAGGGAGUGGGGACGCGAAAGGGGAGAAGAGAGAUGAAUGGCAGAGGAGGCCGAUGGUGUUCGAGAGGCAGAGGUAUCACAACUUUACUCCUUUGAGGAAAGAUAUGACAGAAGUGCUCGAGGCCAUGGAGCAGAAGAUGUCGACUGAGGACGUAACUUGGCCAAAGACAAGGUUCACCGGCCUGCAUCGGCCCCGGUCGGAUUUGUAUUGUCGAUUUCACAAGGAUUACGGCCAUACCACGGAGAACUGCAGACAUUUGAAAGAUGAGAUUGAGAGGUUGAUUCGGGCAGGAUAUCUUAAGGAGUUUGUCUAUCACGAUAGGGUGAGAGGAAAAGGCAGGAGGAGAUGUAGGGAUGAUUCCGAGGAGAGGA